AUGUUACCAAAAAUACCGGCUGCAGAGUUCUGCCACUUCUUGCAGGAACAUUUCAAGGUGGAGCCAGGAGUGGUGCAGGUGAUGAUGACAAGUGUCAAGGACCUUGCGCCGGAGCCAAUCUACAUCUCAAUGCGUGCCAAGGGGACACCCCCACGUCGCGAGAAAGUCAACGAACUCCUUGCAG